UUUACUGAGUUCACUUCAAACAAAGGUGCUCAUUCCAACAUAARAGACCAAUCACCUCGUAAUGGACGCCUGAGUGCGAGUUUCGCUAACGAUAAUCAAUCUCUCCAUGCGCCAAGAAAGUGGAUCCAUGAUCAUGUUCUAUGCAAGUCUUCUGUUGAUAAUUGUACUUUCUUGUUUGGAAGUAAAAGSCAAAGUUCUUCCCACCGUCUCCAUACGUGCUGGCCAAAGCUUUGAAAUCAAGUUAAACCUAACUUCCAGACCCGAAGAUUUGGCCUUUGCAAGUUUUGCUUAUAUCAAGAACCAGCUCCAUAUUCAAAGCAUUCUUCUUCAUUUCUUACAUCCUGAAGGUAUCAUCAGCGAUAUCGAGCCAAGGUUAAGGUUGCUUGGAAACACUACACAAGGRGAGGCAUGGUUUUUGUUCAGAGAUGUUAAUGUAACGGAUACAGGACUGUAYGGCGUGUUGUAUAGGUUUAUGAACAAUGCUGAGGUCCAUAAUAUGACAUUUACACUGAAUGUCACUACUCGUGAAGUUGUGAAGACCGAGGGACCCCGGCCGACAAUUUACAUUCUGACAUGGAGUCCUCCCACACAAGCCACCAUUGUGACGAUAUCUCCGCGGACGAAGUCCGAAGGAGCAAUCAACAAAGAUAUCGGCCUAAAGUCGCUGAUAAUCGUUACCAUCAUAAGCCAAACUCUGCUCUAAGCCAAGUGAACACAGUUGUCAUGGACAAAAUUACUUCCAAUCCUUUCAAAAUGAACAGCUUUUUUUGCAUCUAAUUUUCAUAAGUCAUGCAUUAAAAUAACAUGAAAAAAAAGCAGAAAAGAAAAAGAACAAGGAAAAAAGCAGAAAAGCAAAAAAAAGCUUACUUUUACAAAACGGUCAACCAUCCCAAUAGACGGCCGUUGCGCACACCCUAGAGGGAGGUGAUUAGUCGGUUAGUCAAUACGUAACUAAUCCCUUGUGGUUUGAAUGUCUUUGUAGCAUUCAAUAAUUGUACUCUAGAAUAUCAAAAAAUAAAGAUAUAAACAUAUCCUUGUUCAUCAA